AUCAUCCUUUUGGUGUACUUACAAAUUUAAAAUAUAAUAUAAAUACACUAUUAUAAGUUUACCCGUUAUUGAAAUUUGAUUAUGGAAUCUUACUGCUAAUCAAUACAUAUAGUUCGUAUCUUUACAUAAAUAUUGGAUCAUGUCAACAUUCUCAAACUCAAAUAGGAGCACUUGUAAACAUUUUAUUAGUGUUCUCUGGACAGUUGCCGAAUUGCUAUCUACAAUCAAUGUAUAAAUUCUCAAAGCUUAAACUUCCGAGUUUCAUAUGUUAUUUUCAAAAAUUGUUAUACUUGUAAAAAGAACGUCCCUAAACGUUUGGUACAUAUAUAUAUAUACGCAUACAUAUGCACGCAUACUGCAUUGAGAGUAAUCACAGAAAAUAUGGCAGAGAAUGAGGCACAUAACAAACAACUUCCGCUUUUAUAUUACAACGAUUUUUUCCAUCCUAAUCUUUGUCAUGUUUGUAAGUCGGCAGGACAGAGCAAGCUCAGUCGUUGCAUGAAGUGCAAAAUGGUCUUUUACUGCAGCGAAAACCAUAGGCUGUUGGACGAAAUGGAACAUAAAGAAAUUUGCCAGGCAAUAGAAAAUGUUAUUGAGCAAAAAAACAUAUGGGACAGUCGUAACAUGAACCCGGAAGAAUGGGCUAUCUUUAGAUGGUCAAAUGUGAAUGCUUUGAAGAGUACACUGCAACGUAGAUUGAGGAGGAAUGAAACGGAAAUAUUCUUAAAUGCAAAAUCAUGUUUUAUUUGUCGCGAACAGCAUAAUAUAGACAUUUGUCACGUCUGCAAAUCUAUCAACAUGUGCUCUGAUCACAAAUCCCUUAGUAAAAGCCAUAAAUGUGCAAUGAGGGAACUUUUUCUUGAAAUAAAUAUCUUUACAGCCAAUAUGAAUAAGGAUCUACCAAUUCCGGAAAGGCUUCUUCAUUUGAAACCAACCACUAAUAAUAUGAAAUCAUUUAUUGAAGAAAGCUUAGAUUAUUCAGAGAGUACAAAUCGUUGGCCACUUAAAUUUUACAUAUAUAGUGAAAAUUUGUCAAAGCCGUUGACGCUGCUUUACGGGAUGAACGUUGCAAAUUUAUUACCACAUCUAUCGAUGCAUGAUACCUUUGUCAUUCAUAUUAUAGGUGAAAACUUCGAGUUCUGGAAAUCUUUAUCAGCUUGGGAAAUCAUGUUGCACGAACUUUCUCACAUCACAAACCUGAUAAUUAUCAUGAAAGAUCCAAGACUUUGGGAUAAUACUAUAAACAUACAGCUUUGUGAUAUUUGCACACGUAACCAGAAAACAUUAUUGUAUGAAUCUAUUGCUAAGGAGUAUCAUGAAUAUACAGAAAGAUCGAUUUAUGGGACUGCAGAUGUGAUUAUAGGAUAUGAUGUAGAAUUGCAGAAUAACCAGAUAACGAUGUUAAAUUUACAAGCAAUGCAGCGUGAACACUGCCCUGUACUUUUAACUUCUUCGUCAACAAUUAUGACGCAGUAUAACAUAAUUAAUAUAAGGAAUAUGUUAAAGUUCCACUUAGAACCAAUUUUUAAUAAUAUAAAUAAAUUCCCAUCUUAUAGACCAGUGAUGGAUUAUAAAAGAGAUACUGUUGUCUUUCCUCAUCAGUAUUUAAUUGUCUAUCAGGACCUAUAAGCAAACGAAAUCAAUAAUAUUAGAUAAUAAUUAUGUCGUUACUCUGGUGGUAUAACUAUAAAUAUGCAGGAUACAAUGCUUGAAUAAAUGGAUUUUUGAGAAUUUUCCGAUUUUUUAUUAUUUUAAAGCUGAUUUCGAAGACAUGUUUUGUUUAAUUUUAUUGCUCUCUCCUUGUUCUUUUUUUUAGUAUACUAAAAAAAAAGUAAAAAUGUACUAUGUAUUAAAGUACUAAAUGUACUAUGUAUUAAAGUACUAAAUAAAUAUACUUAAUGCAUUUUUAAUAUGUAUCAAUAAUAUAUAUUAUUAAUAGUAUAAGUAUUUUUAGAUGCAUGAGAUAAUACCGAGAGACAGAAUGAUAUGAUACUUCGUUCGUACAUGCAUUUUAUUAUCGACAGUAAUAUGUUUUUCAAGCUGAGGUUUUCCAACCUAAGCUAGUGGUAUUUCUUGCCUAAAUCGUUACUUUGGAAAGUUUACUGUUAAUUGUAUACUGUGAA